AGAAGAAGAUGAGCAGGAGCAUGAGCAGGAGGAGAAGAAGGAGAAGAAGAAGAAGAAGACGUCACAUGUAAACAGCAGCAGCAGCAGCAGCAGUAACCGGAAGUGAUGUUCAUGUGACCAGAGAUGAAUCGGAUGAAAAGUCGUGUGCGGUUCAGUUCUGUGGGGAUCGCAGCAGCCAGACUCUUCUCCUCCGGAAGCCGCUCCAACCCGCAAGUGUUCCUGGACAUCGAGGCUGAGUCCGAGCCUCUGGGCAGAAUCAUCAUCCAGCUGAAUGCAGAUGUUGUCCCAAAGACGGCAGAAAACUUCCGAGCUCUGUGCACAGGGGAACAUGGCUUUGGAUUCAAGGGCUGUAUGUUUCACAGAGUCAUCCCUCAGUUCAUGUGUCAGGGAGGAGAUUUCACCAAACACAACGGCACAGGAGGGAAAUCUAUAUACGGGAAAACGUUCAGAGAUGAAAACUUCAAGUUAAAACACACUGGUCCAGGAACUCUUUCCAUGGCGAACUCAGGGCCACACACCAACGGCUCCCAGUUCUUCAUAUGCACGAAUAAAACCGAAUGGCUGGAUGGUAAACAUGUGGUGUUCGGGCAGGUGACGGCAGGCAUGGACGUGGUCACCAAGAUGGAAUCCUUUGGUUUACACGAUGGCGGCGUGAUCAAGAAAAUUGUCAUAAGUGAUUGUGGUGAGAUCAAAUGACACCUCACUUGUGGACUCCUGUGGGAUGACUCAGUCCAAAGCCAUCUGGUAUUUUUAAUCCGUCUUUCCUCCUGUACCCAUAAAACCUUCAAGGAGAUAUGAAAAGAAUCUGGUAUCAAAUGUUUAUAUUGUGUGUUUGCUUUUAAAUGAAGUUAUAAUGCAAUGAC